AAGCGCGCCUCCAGCUCCCAGCCCGCCUCGUAUGCAAAUUUGGCGGCGAGGCGGGAGCGCGCGGCUGAGACCCAGGGACCGGGCUGCGGCGGUUAGUCCUCUCCCGGCCGCCGUCGCCUCCGACAUAUUGCCCGCAGGAGCUGCGGCGGCGAAGCGGAGAGCGCCGGGGGGAGGAGAUGGGAGGACGAAGAGGUCCCAAUAGGACAUCCUACUGUCGCAAUCCGCUCUGUGAACCAGGAUCCUCAGGAGGCUCUGGUGGGGGCCACACUUCCAGCGCAUCAGUCACCAGUGUCCGUUCCCGCACCAGGAGCAGUUCUGGAACUGGUCUCUCCAGCCCCCCACUGGCCACCCAGACGGUCGUGCCCCUGCAGCACUGCAAGAUCCCUGAGCUGCCAGUCCAAGCCAGCAUUCUCUUUGAGUUACAGCUCUUCUUCUGCCAGCUCAUAGCCCUCUUCGUCCACUACGUCAACAUCUACAAGACAGUGUGGUGGUAUCCACCCUCCCAUCCACCCUCCCACACCUCCCUGAAUUUCCACCUGAUCGACUUCAACUUGCUGAUGGUGACCACCAUUGUUCUGGGCCGCCGCUUCAUUGGGUCCAUCGUGAAGGAGGCUUCUCAGAGGGGAAAGGUCUCCCUCUUUCGCUCCAUCCUGCUGUUCCUCACCCGCUUCACCGUUCUCACGGCAACAGGCUGGAGUCUGUGCCGCUCCCUCAUCCACCUCUUCAGGACCUACUCCUUCCUGAACCUCCUGUUCCUCUGCUAUCCGUUUGGGAUGUACAUUCCGUUCCUGCAGCUGAACUGUGAUUUCCGCAAGACAAACCUCUUCAGCCACAUGGCCUCCAUGGGGCCCCGGGAGGCAGUCAGUGGCCUGGCACGGAGCCGGGACUACCUGCUGACACUGCGGGAGACCUGGAAGCAGCAUACACGGCAGCUGUAUGGCCCAGAGGCCAUGCCCACCCAUGCCUGUUGCCUGUCACCCAGCCUUAUCCGCAGCGAGGUAGAGUUCCUCAAGAUGGACUUCAACUGGCGUAUGAAGGAGGUGCUGGUCAGCUCCAUGCUGAGUGCCUAUUAUGUGGCCUUUGUGCCCGUCUGGUUUGUCAAGAACACACAUUACUAUGACAAGCGCUGGUCCUGCGAGCUCUUCCUGCUGGUGUCCAUCAGCACCUCAGUGAUCCUCAUGCAGCACCUGCUGCCUGCCAGCUACUGUGACCUGCUGCACAAGGCCGCUGCCCACCUGGGCUGCUGGCAGAAGGUGGACCCAGCGCUGUGCUCCAAUGUGCUGCAACACCCGUGGACUGAAGAAUGCAUGUGGCCGCAGGGUGUGCUGGUGAAACACAGCAAGAACGUCUACAAAGCAGUGGGUCACUACAAUGUGGCCAUCCCCUCGGAUGUCUCCCACUUCCGGUUCCACGUAAGGAUGAAGAAUUGCCAUGGUCCCUGGAAGCUUCUGGCCUAGCUGAGGAUGCCACAUAAUGAAGUUGUAGGCGACUCAGAGUGGAGGGUUCAUAACUUUCUGGACCAGUGUCAAAAGAUUCUAAUUUGUUGAGGCAUGGCAAUACCUAGAAGGAUCACAUAUGAGGGGUAUUGAUUUUAUUUUAUUUUAUUUUAUUUAUUUAUUUAUUUAUUUAUUUUUUUAAAGAGGCAUGUGUUUUUAUUUAUUUAUUCGUUUGUUUUGUUUAUACAUGCACUGGGUACAGUCAGAAGCACGGGAGGGUGAGAGAAUUCACCAGAGCCAGAGUGGGGAGCAGAGCAGGCAGAAGGACCGAAGUACACUGCUGAGGGGAGCAGCGGGCGGCAGGAGAGGUCUGCGCACCAUGUGGGACCCUCAUCCGAUGGCCGGGGAGCAGCCGGGGAUCGAGCCGGCGCCUCAGAGGCUGAGGGCAGCUUCCCAAGCCAGCGCUCAACCGCUGCGCCACCGGGGAGGCCCGAGGGGUAUUGAUUUUAGACCAGAAAAAGUUUGGGACCGCAAGCAAGACCUCCUACUAUUUGGAGGAGAUAGAUGUGGAACAAGAUCUUAAAUGACUUAUGUGGGAAGCAGUAUGGUUAAGAACACUACAAACAAAAAUAGGCUGCAAAGUACAUGCCCAUUCCUACAAAAUCUGUCUUCCUCAAGUCUGCAGGGGGCCCUAAGCUUGACCCUUUCAUUGCCUCCUCCCCCCAGAGUCCCCACCAAAGAGGCAGGUUUCUGGAGCUAUCCCCACCUAAGAGGCAGGUUUCUGGAGCAUACCCUUCUAGUCCUUCCUCUUCUUUCCU